CACUCACACUAUUUGUUUGUUAACUCAACUCAUUCUUUGUCUCUUUCUCUUUCCUCUGUGUGUCUCGUACACACGGAAACCCUAAUUUGCUACCGUCCCCCAUCCCAUCGCCACCACCCUUUCCCUUCCGUCGACUCUAACCCUUCGUCAUCCACUGAUACUCCCAUCUCCACUUCUUCCCAUAGGGUGAUUUUGGAGUGAUGAGGAUCAGGAAGAAGCAAAAGGGUGUUGUAGAGGCCGUUGAUGCUGGUCAAGAUUUGGAGUCUGUGAUUAAAGAGAAUGCCAAAUUUUUUGACAAAUUGACUGACCUCAUUCCAGCGAAGUUUUAUCUGCCAACUGAUGAUGAGAAGCCAUGGUUUCAGGGUAUGAACAAGAAAAAGAAAGCUGAGGCAAAGAAACAAACUAGAAACAACAUUAAGGAGUCACGGAAGAACCGUUUCGACCCUGAUAAGUCUUCUGCAACCACAGUUGACAUAAUCAAGGAAAGGUUUGAAAAAGAAAAAGUCAAGGAAAGGAUUGAAAAAGAAAAAGCCAAGGAAAGGAUUGAAAAAGAAAAAGCCAAGGAAAGGAUUGAAAAUGAAAAAGUCAAGGAAAGGUUUGAAAAAGAAAAAGUGAAUGACGGUGAUGAAGAAAAGGAUGUCCUUAAGCCUUUUGAGGGUCUGGAAGAUGAUCGGUCUGUGACCUAUGAAGAACUUCGUGAAAGGUUUCAUCGCAAGCUUAAAGGGUUUAAGUCAAGUCGUAACUGUGCAGAUCCGGAAAAGGCUGCUAAGAAGAGGGAAGAGAGAGAUGCUAGGAGAGGGUAUCAUUUUGAUAAGAAACGCAAGAGGGAUAAUGAGACGGAGGAAAGUAAGCCUGCACCUGAGGAGACAGAAGAGAAGGCGAAGAAGGAUGCUGCUGAGGCUUCAACGGAGCUUAUGUUUGGCCAUGUUAAACUUGCAAAUGAUGAAAUGCAAGGGAAGAAGAGAAAACUUUCAAAGCACAAGGAACUUGAAAGAGCUAAGAAGUUGGAGGAAGUGAAGAAGAAUGAUCCUGAGAAGGGUGAAGCUAUUGCUAAAAAGGAAGCAUGGAAAGCGGCGAUGGAUAGAUCUUCAGGAAUUAAGGUCCAUGAUGAUCCCAAACUGAUAAAGAAAAGCAUCCAUAAGGGGAAGAAGAGGCAGGAGAAAAAUGCAGAAAAAUGGGAAGAGAGAGUUCAAUCAAGAGAACAGUUGAAGGCAGAGAAGCAAAAGAAAAGGUCAACUAAUAUAGCUGAGAGGAUUAAUGAUAAGAAAAUGAGGAAGAUUGCUAAGAGAGAGAAAAAGCUAUUACGGCCUGGCUUUGAAGGUCGCAGGGAAGGUUUUAUUAAUGGUGCUUCCGGUUAACACUGCUACUAAAAUGAUUGACUUGUGCCUUUUCUUUGCAUUGUUAUCAGAGGCAAAAAAUACUUCUAUCAAUUUCAACGCAGGGUUUAUUAGAUUUCUUUAAUUUUGAACUAUUUUUGUUUACAUAUUAUUAACCUGAUGUUAUAUUUUGGCGAUUAUGUAGCCUGUUUUUGUUGAUCUCCAUUUCACCGGAGUACAACCAUUUUGAUAAAUGGUAGUUAAUUACAUAUUGUUGGUUUGCAUCA